AUGCGCCUCCCCUACGUCCCCGACCCUCCCCCAGCCUCCACCCCCCAAGACGCCGCCAUCGUCCAGCGCAUCCGCGACCGGCGCGCCCCCCGCCCCCUGCAAGCCCUCGACCUCACCCUCCUGCACUCGCCCCCCGUGGCCGACGGCUGGAACUCCUUCCUCGGCGCCAUCCGCACCCGGACGUCCCUCGCCGCCGACGUGCGCGAGCUCGCCAUCUCCCGCGUCGCCGUCUGCAACAAGGCCUGGUACGAGUGGGCCCACCACGCGCCGCUCGCGGUCCAGGGCGGCGUCAGCGAGCAGGCCUUGGACGUUGGCUUGUUGAGCGAGAGGCAGUGGGCGGUGCUGGUGUAUGCGGACGAGAUGACGAGGAAUGUGCAGGUCAAGGAUGAGACGUUUGCGUUGCUGAAGGGGCUUUUCAAUGACCAGGAGGUUGUGGAGAUUACAGCGACAGUUGCUGCUUAUAACUGUGUGAGCAGAUUUCUGGUUGCUCUGGAUGUGGGUGAAAAGAAUGGCACUGGCCCAGAUGCUGCUCAUUGA